AUGGCUUUUGACCUGAAUUCUCUUCAACCUUUGUUACUAUCCCUCGCAAUUGCAUUAACAGCAUUUGCCCUUUUCUUGUCUAGACACAAGAAACUGUUACUAUGCCACAGAAGCAAGAAACAACUGCCUCCUGGAGAGCUAGGAUUUCCAUGGAUUGGUGAAACCUUAGAUUUCUACAAAGCCCAAAAGAACAACAAAAUGUAUCAGCAAUUUGUUCAGCCAAGAAUCCAAAAAUAUGGCAAGACUUUCAAAACCAAGUUAAUGGGGUCACCCACAGUGGUUGUGAGUGGAGCUGAGGCCAACAAAUUCUUCCUCUCCAAUGAGUUCAAGCUUGUGGUCAGUUCAUGGCCUUCUUCAUCAGUUCAGCUCAUGGGAUCAGAUUCAAUCAUGGAGAAACAAGGCGAGGCGCAUCGACACAUUCGCGGGAUCAUUGCCACCAGCCUCAGCAAUUCCGGGCUUGAAUCAAUGGUGCCUAAAAUCUGCCAAACUGUGGAAUCACAUUUUGAAGCUCACUGGAAAGGGCAGGACAUUAUUAGUCUUUAUCGAAAGACCAGAGUUCUGACAUUCACCAUUGUGUUGGAAUGCAUGAUGGGAAUUGAAGUGAAACCAAACAUGUUGGGAGUGUUUGAAAGAGUGUUGGAAGGGGCUUUUUCUUUACCUUUGAAUUUUCCGGGGUCAGUUUUUUGGAGGGCUAAGAAAGCAAGAAAGGAGAUUGAGAAAAUGUUGCUUACUAUAGUUAGACAAAAGAGAGAAGAAAUUGAAUCUCAGCAGAGUGUUGGAGGAGAAGGAGGAGUGUUGAUUUUCCGAUUGAUAAUGGCGCUGAUUCGGGACGAAAUGACCGAAAAAGAAGUGGUUGAUAAUGUGGUUCUGCUGGUUUUUGCAGCACAUGAUACCACUUCUUUUGCCAUUGCCAUGACCUUUAGGAUGUUAGCUCAUCAUCCUGACUGCUAUUCUCGACUCCUUCAAGAACAUGUGGAAAUCCAGAAGAACAAAAAACCAGGUGAAUUUCUCGCAUUGGAGGACAUAAAGAAGAUGAACUAUACUUGGCAAGUUGCUAGAGAGAGCAUGAGGCUGUUUCCCCCUAUCUUUGGCUCAUUCAGGAAAGCAAUUGUAGACAUUGAAUACGACGGCUACAUUAUUCCAAAAGGAUGGAAGGUGCUUUGGACUGCUUAUGGAACGCAUUAUGAAUCAGAGUAUUUUGAAGAUCCCUUGAGUUUUAAUCCAAGUAGAUUUGAGGAGCCAAUUCAACCUUAUGCAUAUCUUCCAUUUGGUGGAGGUCCAAGGCAAUGUGCUGGAUAUCAAUUAGCCAAGCUGAACAUCUUAAUACUGAUACAUCUUGUUGUAACUCAAUACGAUUGGUCUUUAGUGAACCCUGAGGAGCCUAUUCUUGUUGAUCCACUACCCUUUCCCUCUCAGGGAAUGCCCAUUAGGAUUUCUCCCAAGUUGCAGUAAUACCCAAACUAUGUAACCCACUAUAUUCUUUUGAUUACAGCAUUUUUUGAUUUUUAAUGAAAUUUUGAUUUCCCUAAAAGAAAUUUUUUUGGGUCAAAAUUUACUUCGCGGGAAGGUUUUCUUCCAAGAAAGAUGGAGAUUUGAGUAUAGAGAACGCCAAGACAGAAUUCGAUGCAGGAUAACUUUGAUAAAUUUCUCAUGUCUUC